GAUAUGAGCAGGAGAGCUUAGAAAGCUGAGAGAAGAGACAACAUCUUGAGUCUGGCAGGGUCAUCAGAAAAGCUCAGCUUCAAAACAGCAUAAUGUAUACCCGUAAUAAUGGACAGGAAAAGAGAAAUCGACAAGCAGAGCCUUAUCCUUGUGGAAGCAAAAGUUUAGAACAAAUCAUUUCAAUGGAUGACUGUGCCAAACUUAUUAUUGACAGUGCGUUAAUGAAGAUUCAGCAGCAGCUAAUGAAAAAAGCAAAGCAAGGUGGACCAUGUAUGUCAAAUAAUCCUUCACUUGGCUACAAACGUCAGGAUUCCAGUUACGAGAGGACAGGGAUGACCAUGGGUGUCACUAUCCCUAAUUUUAGCCCUUCAAAACGAGGAGGGGGGUGGCAGGAAGCUCAGUACCAAGAAUCAAGAAAAGAAGAUAUUUCAAGCAUCCUCACAUCAACCAUCCAGAAGGUCAUGCGUGAAGCUGUUUCUAAUGUAGACAACAAUAGCAAUAACAUGAAUAGAAGUCUUCGGCAAGCCCCUCCUCCUGAAAGCAAGCCUCAGAGAAUAAAGGCUACCUCAAAACUACCCAGUGGACCACUGGAUAUGUGUGGCAAUGUGGACCGUAUGAACAUGCUAGAUAUUGACCAGUUGGUGAAAUCUAUGACUAAAUUGUGUCUUUUAGAGACUGGAAGCAAUGGUUCAAAUUUAGGCAGUGGAGAUACAUCACACAAACAAUAUAAUGGUUCAUCUCAAAAUUUAGGAGGACCAAGAACAGCUGCUUUAGUCAGAUCUAAUAUGAGACAAGGUGGCACAAAUGGAGUUAUAGUAACUAAUCAGAAUGGUGAAAAUGGCUCUUUGAACAAAGAACUCCAGGCUGUCCUCCAGUGGAUGGUGGCUUCUCAUUUCAAUGUUCCCAACCUGACAUUCUUAAAUGACAGAGAAGGAGAACUAGCUGAUCUUCCACAAGUGGCUCAGAAAGCAACCCAAAAGGGCUACAGUGUGGGAGAAAUUCUUCAGAAAGUAAUGAGGUACCUUGAAAGAACAGAGAUGGAGGAGGCAAUGGGGAAAAGACCUCAGUGUGGACUGAUCCGCUGGCUCCAUGCCAACUUGUAAAAGCCAAUUCUUCCCUCUCACAGUGAUGCAACACAGUACAGGCACCUUCAACCGCAUUUACCUAAUGGAUCUGAUAACCACAGUAUGGCUGCCAGCAACAGCAUAUUGAUUUCAACAUGGCAGCUCAGCAAGAUCACCAAUAAAAAAACAUUUUUUUUAAAAUGUGAA